AUGUUCUCGGUGAAUGUCACUGACAAGGCACUCAACAAGUUUACCAAGAACCUGAAUUCAGCCUUGGAAACUUGCUGGAUUCCAAGGUGCCUUGAAGGUCCGUCCCAGACUUUGAUGAUCAAGGGAAGCCAGUUUGAAGCACAGGAAACCUGGAAUAAAACCACUAAGACAAGAAAGCAAAACAAUCUCGAAAUGGCAGAUUACGAUUCCACGUGUGGGGCUACAACUUCAGUUUCAAAGGGAUGUUUCGUGUUCAAGUCCAAGAAGAGACGUCAGCCUCUUUAUCCCGGAGAUUAUUUCAUACCUGAAAACAAAGCUGAAAGCAGUAAUGAUUGUAAGCUGAGAUUUGAGACUGGAGAUGCCCAGUGGGAGCUUAUCAAUGAUGAUAUUGAGACUUUACAGGCAGAGAUCAACAAAACACUUUUUGAUGAUCUUCUAAACUUCAUCAAGAAUGCUCAGGCAGGAUUCAAGAUGGAUGAGGAUCAGGGAUCAAGUAGGUCCAGGCCUAAGCUAAAGGAGAUCCCAACUGCGGCAUUUGUAACAGGGGUGAAUGUGACCGACCAUCAUGAUGUCUUUACCAAGCUAACAUCAGUCUUCCAAGAGAGAGUGAGCCCUCAUGUGGUCAGUCUAGUGUCCAGAGAUUGCACAACAUUGAAAGGCCUGAUGGGAAUGGUGGUGUCACAGCUCAUGGGUAUAGAAUAUCUGGCUUCUGAAGACGAAGAAACUAAACCUGAAGUAAAUCUGAAGAAAGUCCCUUGCACAUUUCCUGUACUACAGUCUUGGUAUCAUGACAAUGUAAAGAAAAGAAAGUUACCAGGUGCCACUGCAACGUUCAAAUCGCCCCGUAGAUCAAGGAAACGAAAGUCAAUGACAGGACUGGUCUCCUAUUCUGAGUAUCCUCCUAUCAUCAUCAUCCUUGAAGACUUUGAAGGGUUCAAGCCUGUGGUCAUACAGGAUUUCAUUCAUAUCUGCAGUCAAUAUUUAGAGAAGCUCCCUCUGGUGUUGACCUUUGGUAUAGCUACAUCAGUGACAGUGAUCCAUCGUCUACUACCUCAGUCUGUAUCAUCGUGUUUGAGUAUUGAGAAAUUCCAGGCUCAGCCUUCCUCAACCUACCUCUCACAGGUCAUUGAUAAGGUGUUGUUGACGGCCAAGCAUCCAUUCAAGCUAGGGUCAAAGGUCUUCCAGCUCUUACUAGAUCUCUUCCUCUAUCAUGAUUUCUCUGUUAUGAACUUUGUUCAAGGUUUACAGUAUACAGUUUUAGAUCAUUAUUUCUCCCAGCCACUGAGCAUCUUAUGCUGUCGCUAUGGCGAUGCUAUCAACAGAACUCGAAACCUAUCACAUGAUCAGUUAGAGCUCUUCAGACAGGCCUCAUCUUUCAGGAGGUAUGUUGAUGGUCGACCUGUUAGUGACCAAAGAGCUCUUCUCUUAGAUGAUAAACAUAUGAAGAAAACCCUUCAAGAGCUUCUGAAGAGAAUGAAUGAGUACCACAAAGCCUUUUUCCCUGUAGUGGAAUGUCUUCACAUCCUGUCUGAGGGACUGCCUUAUCAUCCUCUGGGCAAACAGAUGAGAGAGCUCUUUGCCAUGGCAACAGAUGAGAAUAUCUUUGAAACAGAUGGAUAUCGAGAAGCUUUCAAAUUUUUGAAAAUGCUGGCUCGAGAUGAAUUGAUCAAUAAGAUGACAAUGUGUGAAGAAGUUUUGUCAACCUGUGAUGGUUUACAAGAAGAGAGAUUUCAAUUAGAAACACUGCAAGCAAAGAUGGAGACACUAGGAGAUAAUUGUAACAUGCCUGUUGAGAUAGACAGUACAGAGGAUGAGGGUGAUGCGGCUGGUGUAGAAAGCAGGAAGCAGAAUGGACAGGACACAGAGGGCGGUAGAGGUGCAAGAGAAAAGACAACGCUUCAUACAUUACAACAGAAGUUAAUGAGUAGUGCUAAGAAGAAGAAGAAGAUGACACGAUAUGAAAUACUCAGGAAUGAAAUACUGGACUUCUUUGAUUCAUUAUUCAGCAAGUAUCUACUAUGUCCCAAGACCCUACCUCUUCAUGAAGUGUUCUAUUAUAACAAUGUAUCAGAGAUCAGACAGCGUCUCAAUGCACCACCAAGAUCUGCAAUACAAACAGCACUCAGUAACCCAAACUACUAUCUACAGAACCCUGAUUGUGAGACGUUAGAUGAAGGAAUCACCAGUUCACUCCCUGAUGUGUGUAUUGUAUACAAACUCCAUCUUGAGUGUGGAAGGCUUGUUAAUCUUUAUGACUGGUUGCAGGCAUUCAUCACAGUGAUCCAAGGUGAAUGUGACACAAGCAAUGAUGAUACAUCCAAGAAACCUGAUUCAGUAUUACAAGCACGUUUCAUUCGAGCCGUCUCUGAACUUCAAUUUCUUGGCUUCAUCAAACCCACCAGGAAAAAGACAGAUCACGUUGCUAGGCUAACCUGGGGCGGUUGCUAAGAUGAUGACUGCUGUCUCUCAAAUGUUUCGUCUGAUGUUUCUCUGAGCUUCAAUUUCUUGGAUUCAUCAAACCCACCAGGAAAAAGACGGAUCAUGUUGCUAGGCUCACAUGGGCAGAUGCUAAGAUGAUGACUACUGUCUUUUCUCAAAUGUUUCGUCUGAUGUUUCUCCGAGCUUCAAUUUCUUGGGUUCAUCAAACCCACGAGGAAAAAGACAGAUCAUGUUGCUAGACUCACAUGGGUGGAUGCUAAGAUGAUGACUACUGUCUCCUCUCAAAUGUUUUCGUCUAAUAUGUUUCCGAGCUUCAAUUUCUUGGAGUCAUCAAACCCACCAGGAAAAAGGCAGAUCACGUUGCUAGGCUAACCUUGGGCGGUUGCUAAGAUGAUGACUACUAUCUCUCAAAUGUUUUCGUCUGAUUUGUCUUUAAGCUUCAAUAUCUUGGAUUCAUUAAAUCUACCAGGAAUAAGACAGAUCAUGUUGCUAGGCUCACAUGGGCGGUUGCUAAGCCUAUGACUAUCUUUUCCAAAUGUUUCAUCCGAGCCAUCUUAGAAAUUAAAUUUCUAGGUUCAGACUUACAUGUGACAAGAGACACAUGACACUUUUGCACUUAAAGAAUACAGAUAAUGGACUUUAUGGUGUUGACAAAAUGUGGAAGUACUUUAAAUUUGUCAUUCAUAUUUGUUUUCAUUCCUUGAUUUAUAUUCAUUGUUCAUAUUCAUUUGUGGAAUUCAUUUCCACUUGAUACCAAAGUACUUUUUUUGAUACAUUAAAAUUAGUUGUUAUACUGUCAUGAAAAGGAAUACUGAAUUCUAUGAAAAUAAUAUUGAAAAAAAUGAUUGUGCAAAUGUUGAUGUUUGCUUGUCCAUAGUUUUGAUACUUUAAGUAAAUAUAUUCAAAGUACUAUGAUAUUGUUACAUUUAUUAUGAUUACCAUGGACUUUAGAAUCUCUAAGCUGACGAAUCCUCUUCUACCACGCAGGGCAUGUUUAGUGACAAAAAAAAAUUGCAACUGAAUCCCAGCCCGCAAACCAUGGGGGAACUUGUGUAAUCGCGGAAGAAGUCAAGGCCCAUUGAAACCACACAGCAACAUCCAGAAAUCUGAGGUAUAAAUUUCCUAUGUAUGCAUUGCAUGUCAAAUUCAUUAUGUGGCAAGUACCUGGUAGUUCCCAGACACCCUGGGGUCAGAGUUACAAUUGAAAAGUGCAUCAUGAAAUAAGCUUUUGAGACCAAAGUUGAUAGAAGCAUGUGGCUGUCUCCCCCACCUCACUGCACUACAUCAUUAAAUAUGAAGGGGAAGGGGUGUUACAUUAUUUUACUGGACAAACAAUUAUCUCUGCAACCGACAUGGUGGCGUGAAAACUACACUCUUCUUCUUCAACGUGGAAACCUUCACAAGUUCCAUAAUAGGUCUUCUCCGAAAAGCAUCUAUGAUAAUUAACGGGUGCAUUGUCAAAUAUUAAUGAUGAUGAUGAUGAAGAUGAUCAUAAUGAAGAUGGUGAUGAUGAUGAAGAUGAUGAUGGUGAUGAAUAUGAUGAUGAAGAUGAUGAUGAAGAUGGUGUGAUGAUGAGGAAGAUGACGAUUAUGAAGUUGAUAAUACUGUUGCUUAUUGUGAUAUAUUUCUGGUUUCAUGAGAAACAUAUUCAUUCUUCAAUGAUUCACUCCUUUUAUAUCAAAGUACACAAUUUCAAUAUCAGAGUUCGAUAAUGAAGGGUUAGAAAUGAAUUGUUGAAAGUAAUGCAGUUACAAUUUUUUUUAUAUCUUUAGGAUGUUAUGCUCCAGUACCCUCUCAUUCCUUUAACCACCUUGAUACAUUUAUUUUCCAUGCAGAUGGAGCAAGAUUGUACAUUUUGUAAAGUAUUAAUUUUGUACAUGAGAAAAAUGAAUUCUUGAAAUAAAAUUCAU